GAGCGAGCCUCAGUUCCUUCCAGUCCGCAUAUGGUACACCGUCAAUCACUCGCCCCAGUACAUUCUCGCACGAUCCUCAGAACGCCUGGCGGUUCUACCCAUCCCACUAAAGACCACUAGCGGUCCUCGAUAUGCCACUGCCCCUCUCAAAUCAUGUUUGCACACCAUAUGUCGCUCGAGUCCCGAUCUUGUCCAGGGCCCCGGUCGCGAUUUUUCGCUCUACGUUCUUGACCCUCUCGAACACCAGUCUGCCCCCUCCUCCAUUCUCUUUUCUUCCGAACUAUCUAGUACCAAUCAUCCUCCGUUCGGUUCUGCAUCGACAAAUCUUCAAGUUCCAGCGACCAAUGACACGAAGCAGUCGGGAGGAGUGGCUGUAGGCCUCGGCCUUAUGUCAUGGGCGCUGGCUACACCGGAUGAGAUGAGCACAUCUGUGACUGGUACAUUGGUGCUGCAGCCUUCUGGAGAAUGGGCGCUUGAAGUUGUGUUUGCACUCCGAGAGACGCCGCAGCAUCAUCCAAAUCAUGUUUCUUUAGCCCCGCAAUAUUCAUCCCUCGGGCACGACCGAAUCGCUCAGUUACAUGCCCAUUCGCGUCAGGCUCCUAGUCGAUCGAUGUCAUCACCUACCCUUGACUCGCACCACGACCAAGUCCGACAGCCGACUCCAGCCGCGGUGGCCCAUGCGAUACAGAAGACAGUACAGCCAUCCCUAGAUUCAAAAUCAAAGCUCAAACGAGAAACCACUGCAGAGUUGUUUACACGAAAACCGCUCAUCCGUGCAGCCACGUUACACACACAAUCCACGAGCCAGCCCUUCGAUGCAGCCCCUCCUGCACAACGGCCCAAUACUGCUGCCACAGCGUCCGGCACUUCGGCAUCGUCAGAGGCUAAUAUCCAAGCCUUGUUGAUGCAUAUCCUAGCCAACCCGUCGUCACUUCCUCCAUCGCUGGGUUCUCUUCUCUCUUCCCUGCCUAGGAAUCUCGUCGGCGAUGCAGGCAAUGACGGAGUCUCGACCACUAACUUCGCAUUAGACGCGUCCAGUCUAGCUAUUCUUGCCGUCCUUGCGGAUGCGGCAUCUAAAUUACCUGCACAACC